CUGUGGGGGGUGUGGCAUGCAUGACUAUCAAAGAGCAAUGGCCUGAUGGGAACCUAUAAAGUGACUUGGGAGAAGCCACGCACCUCACUCGGAGGAUUCUGUGUGAAAACUUCCUUCAUUGGAUCCGAGGAUCCAAGAGGUAUGUCCGAGAGGCCUCUCCAGCAGCCACUCAACCCCAAGAUGGUGACCGUGCUGUUGCUCCUGGCCACACUGGUGGGUCUCUUCACCACAGCCAAAGGACAAGAUUUCCAUCUUGGGAAAUGCCCAUCUCCUCCGGUGCAAGAGAAUUUUGACCUGAUAAAGUAUCUUGGAAGAUGGUAUGAAAUUGAGACGAUCCCAACGACCUUUGAAAACAGAAUCUGCAUUCAGGCCAACUACUCGCUGACAGAGAACGAAAACGUGAAAGUGCUGAACACGGAGCUGAGUCCUGAUGGAACCAUAAACCAAGUUAAGGGGGAAGCCAAACAGAGAGACGUCUCAGAGCCAGCCAAGCUGGAACUCCAGUACUUCGUGUUGGGAUCACCCUAUUGGAUCCUGGCCACCGAUUAUGAGAACUAUGCCCUCGUGUACUCCUGCAUCGGCUUAGGGAUCUUCCACUUGGAUUAUGUUUGGAUCCUGGGAAGAAGUCCUUACCUCCCUCCAGAAACAAUAACCUACCUAAAAGAUAUCCUUACUUCGAAUGGUAUCAACAUCAAAGGAAUGAUACCCGUGGAUCAAGCGAACUGCCCGGACUCCCUGUAAAGGGGGUGGGGAAGACCAUUCCAGGUUAUUUCAUCGCUUUGCGUUCCCUGGCACUCCUUACAAGCAACCGCUGCAACGUACUAGAGGGAACGUACUAUGGCCAUAGAAGCCAAUGGAGGAAGGGGACUCAUGGAAAGUUGGCCCAACCCAAUAAGACCCCACACUGCUACCCUGCUAGUCCAAUAAUAAACAUUUUGCAGAUCA